AUGCUGUCCUUACUAUGGCAUGUCACGGCUGUGACUCCUGUGCCCCCUACGAUGGUUCGUGAAUGGCAAUCGAUGCUCAACCGCUUCAUCCUUGGCCGUAAAACACUGCCUACUGACCGGGCUCAAGCUACCACACGUGGCGUCUAA